GCUACUAUUGGGCAAUUGACGCGAUGAAUUACAAAAGCUUUAGCAAAAAAAAAAAACCGCGGGGAUUCGAUAGCAGUAGAAAGCUCUAGCGGGAAGAAGCGAAGGAGGUGGCCUCAUCGCAAGCUCUAUAUAUUAGCCCAGCUCCCUCCCCAUCCUCUUCCAUCGGCAAGUCGAAGUUUCCGAAUCCGAGUCGGUGAAUUCGAAACGUGAUCGUAAGAUGGGGUGCAAAAGCAGAGCUUUGGUGUUCCUGCUGCUGUUUGUUUCAGAAUUCCUUUUAGGAUUGGCAGUGGCGGCUGAUGAUAACACCCCAAAACUGGGGACGGUAAUCGGGAUCGACCUUGGGACUACUUACUCAUGUGUAGGAGUUUACAAGAAUGGCCAUGUGGAAAUCAUCGCGAACGACCAAGGGAACAGGAUCACUCCCUCAUGGGUCGCUUUCACGGAUACGGAGCGUUUGAUCGGAGAGGCUGCGAAGAACCAGGCAGCUCUCAACGCGGAGCGCACCAUCUUCGACGUUAAGCGACUCAUAGGGAGAAAGUUCGAUGAUAAGGAGGUUCAGAGGGACAUAAAAUUCUUGCCAUACAAGGUAGUGAACAGGGACGGCAAGCCAUACAUUCAGGUUAAGGUGAAGGGCGAACAGAAGGUGUUUAGCCCCGAGGAGAUCAGCGCGAUGAUACUGGGGAAGAUGAAGGAGACCGCCGAGGCCUAUCUUGGGAAGAAGAUUAAGGAUGCCGUCAUCACUGUCCCAGCUUACUUCAAUGAUGCCCAGAGGCAGGCAACUAAAGAUGCCGGAACCAUUGCCGGUCUAAAUGUUGCUAGGAUCAUCAACGAGCCCACGGCGGCAGCAAUAGCCUAUGGUCUAGACAAGAAAGGGGGAGAGACCAAUAUCCUCGUCUUUGACCUCGGUGGUGGGACCUUCGAUGUCAGUAUUCUGACGAUCGACAAUGGCGUGUUCGAGGUCUUGGCAACGAAUGGAGACACUCACCUGGGAGGAGAGGACUUCGACCACAGGGUGAUGGACUACUUCAUCAAGCUGAUCAAGAAGAAGUACAAUAAGGACAUCAGCAAGGACAACAAAGCCCUCGGGAAGCUCCGUCGAGAGUGUGAGAGGGCCAAGAGGGCUCUGAGCAGCCAGCACCAAGUGCGGGUUGAGAUUGAGUCUCUCUUUGACGGGGUCGACUUCUCGGAGCCAUUGACCCGGGCAAGAUUCGAAGAGUUGAACCUGGACCUGUUCAAGAAGACAAUGGGGCCUGUCAAGACAGCCCUCGAGGACGCUGGCCUUGAGAAGACGGACAUAAACGAGAUUGUGCUCGUGGGCGGAAGCACAAGAAUUCCUAAGAUUCAGCAACUUUUGAAGGAUUUCUUUGACGGGAAGGAGCCAAAUAAGGGCGUGAAUCCCGACGAGGCAGUCGCCUAUGGCGCUGCUGUGCAGGGCGGAAUUCUGAGUGGCGAAGGUGGAGAGGAAACAAAAGACCUUCUUUUACUUGAUGUUGCGCCGCUGAGUCUGGGUAUUGAAACUGCUGGUGGUGUGAUGACGAAGUUGAUCCCAAGGAACACAGUCAUCCCGACUAAGAAGUCGCAGAUCUUCACUACGUACCAAGAUCAACAAACUACUGUUUCCAUCAAGGUCUUUGAAGGUGAAAGGACUCUCACGAAGGAUUGUCGGGAACUCGGGCGGUUCGAUCUAUCGGGCAUUCCACCUGCUCCAAGGGGGGUGCCGCAAAUUGAGGUGACCUUUGAAGUUGACGCGAAUGGGAUCUUACACGUGAAGGCCGAGGACAAGGCGGCGAAGAAUUCGAAGUCGAUCACGAUCACGAAUGACAAGGGGAGGCUGAGCCAGGAAGAGAUCGACAGGAUGGUAGAGGAGGCCGAGAGGUUCGCAGAGGAAGACAGGAAGGUCAAGGAAAAGGUCGACGCGAGGAACAAGCUCGAGACCUACAUCUACACCAUGAGGAGCACCGUGAGCGACAAGGACAAGCUCACUGACAAGAUCGACUCCGAGGACAAGGAGAAGGUCGAGAGCACGUUGAAGGACGCCCUCGAGUGGCUGGACGAGAACCAGAACGCGGAGAAGGAGGACUACGACGAGAAGUUGAAGGAAGUGGAGGCGGUCUGUAACCCGGUGAUCAAGCAGGUUUAUGAGAAGAGUGGUAGGAGUUCUGGUAGCUCAGAAGAUGAAGAUCUCAAUGAUGAGCUGUGAAGAGGUGCUGAUGGAAUAAGACAUGGCCAUGAGAAUUCCAAUUGACUCUCUUUUCCAAGUUUUGUUUUCUGAUUCCCCCCCCCCCCCCCCAUUGUUAGUUUGAGGUUUCCACUUUAGGAAUCAUAGGGAAAGGUAAAAGUACAUAGGAGCCUUUUUUUUUUUGGGAUGUGGUCUCACAUCACAUGCUUAUAGUUUGGCUUCCUACAAUUAUGUAUCAAUGAAGAAUUUGUUGUGAAUGAAUGAGAAAUAAUUUUUGGAA